AUGUUGAUUUCCCUGGGUCCAUUCAUGAUUGUACCGGGUUGCUGGCUGAUUCCCAAUGCCAUGCCACUAGGACUCAAGGCUGUGCAUGACUGUGCACAAAUGGAUAAUGUCAUUGGUUACACGGAACACGCCAACAUGAACAAGGCCAAACACGCUGCUGGCCCGGAAGAGACGCCCGACAUUGUGCCCAAAUACCCUCUCACCGGUGAAGAAGCCGAGGAGGACUAUCAGAAACAACCUCGCCUCCUCGAGCAGCAGAAUAAAUUAAGACUGGAGAAAGCUCGAGAGGAGAAACCCUCCAACUCAUCAACACAAAACACCGAUCGUCGCACCUAG